AUGCAGGACGGAGUACGGAUACGGAUACGGCGCGAGCUGCAGCCUACAUUCGGAUUACAUCAGCCACGGCCUAGACCGGUUUGGGGCACACACGUUUUGUUUCAAGAGCUGGCCUGUUUCGCCAUCGGUGCCGCGCAUGCAGCCAAGCAGCAGUGCGUGACUCGACCCGGCCGCGUGCGUCCGCCGGCCCUUUGUCUCUCGCUCUCGCUCGUGCUCGUCUUUCCUGCACGAACGCUCAUUUGGGAAAGCCGUCAGUGCCGCCCGCUAGCCCGUGCUAGCGCCAUCCGCCGUUGCAACGCAAACCGUUGA